AUGGAAGAAACACUGCAAGAAGAUCACCAGUCAACAACAACUGCUAUAGAGAGAACUGUCCUGCUGAAUUGGAUUAAGCUUAAACUUGAUGACAUAGCCACAAUCACAAUAACCACACCCAACAUCUUAGAAAAAAUAACAAUGCUGAAAGAAGAACCAUUACUUGCUACAACUAUAGGAAGGAAAAAUAUAUUGCUUAUGAAUACAGAAGCUCACCAAAAGCCAAG